CCCAGAUGGAUUAACGGUGACUUUUAGUGGAAAAUCUCAGAAACCGCGGAGACCAUGGAGAAGUAUGAAAUUUGAUGUCAUACGUACUUAGGAAGAUUUCAGGAAGACAGAAUGCUGCAUGAAGUAUUUCUGGCGUUGAUUGGUUACUCUGAUAAUUUCCUAACUCAGUUAUUGGAAAAUGAUUCAAUUUUGGAUUCCAGUGAAAGUAUUUUAAUAAAAAGAAUUCUAAAUAUUGCUUCAGAAUAUAAGUCACUCAAAACUUUCAUAGACAGUAAUAUUUCUGUGACUGGAGUUGAUAGAAGUCUUGGUGGCAGUUGUAGUGGUAAGGAAGACAUUCAAAGACAGCCAUUUGGCGUCUAUCUCCAAGCAUUCUGCUGUGGGUUGAAUGAAGUGUUGGUACCAUAUCGUAAAGAUAUUGCAGAUCUAGAAGGAGUAUCACUUACAGAUCCAUACUUGCCGUUACUGACAAUUUUAAGCAAAGUUGAAGAAUAUUCUAAACUCUUUGAAGUACUGAAUUAUAUGAUAAAACAGAUGUCUGAACAGCAUGUUCAUGGCUGUCAAAUACUGGAUCUUCUGCAUAGGGAAGUGACAUGCAGUGUGAAUGAUGUAAAAGAGCCUCUCAAAUGCAUUAUUCAAUCCUGUCAUGUGGUGUUCUUUAAACAGCUGUCCAGUUGGCUCUUAUAUGGUCAGCUGAUUGACCAAUAUGCUGAAUUCUUUAUACAGCAUGUAUCAGAUGCCCAAGGGACAAGCACGUCGACAACUACAGAUAGCUUCUCCAGCCAGGAUACCAAUGAAGUAUUGUCCCUGGAGCCAAGAAGAUUCAGCAGGGAUGAUUCUGUACAUAAAUAUGCUAUCCAGUAUACCAUGCUUCCAUCUUACAUCAUUCCAUCUCUGGCACAUAAAAUUCUGUUCAUAGGGGAUACAAUUGUAAUGUUUGGAUGUAAACCAAAGGAAAAAAAUGAAACAGGCUCCUAUAUGUCACAGUACAUACCUUCAUUGUGGGGUGACAGAGAAGUGGAAUUCUUUAAGAAGCUUCAGAAUUUGCAGGCUAUGAAGACCUUCAGCCACACAGAGUUUGAGAAGACUGUUGAUGAAUUCCAAAGUUGUGUCACAGAGCAUCUGUGGAAGCUUGCUGUGGAAGAAGCUGAACUGUUCCUGCAGUUGAAACUUAUGAAAGAUUUCUUCUUGCUGGGUCGAGGAGAGCUGUUUCUGGAAUUUAUACAGCAAGCUGAUCAUAUUCUGCAGAAUCCACGAAUCAGCACAUCUACUAAAGCUGUAAACCAGGCCUUCCAUAUGGCUGCUCGUAAAAUACUUAUAAAUGAUGACACAAUAAACAAGUUUAGUUUCAUGUUACCAGGAAAGAGCAGCUCUGAUGUGGAUGAAAUUAAAGGGAGCUGCUGGCACUUGCUGACACUUACAUACAAGGUCAGCUGGCCCCUACAUCUCCUCUUCGAUAGUGUAGCACUAGACAACUACAAUAGGCUGUUUUGCUUUCUUCUGUGUGUUAAGAAAACUCAGCUUAAUCUUCACAAUAUCUGGAGGAGCCACAUGCAGAGCAGGACACCAUGUGUAUACGAGAGUGAACGAGCUGUCUGGCAUCUGCGGAAUAGGUUGAUGUUCCUGGUCGACAAUUUGCAGUAUUACCUUCAGGUUGAUGUUUUGGAAAGUCAGUACAUGCUGCUUCAGUCUGCAGUUCAAGCAACGAAAGAUUUUGAGAAAAUACAGAAAGCACACACUCUUUUUCAAGCAAAUAUAUUAAGUCAAACAUUUCUUCUUGCUGAGACGAUAUCUAGUGGAUCUGAAAUGAAGUCUAAUCCAGUGCAGUCAGUUCUGGCUAAAGUUCUUGAUCUGUGUGACCGAUUUUGCACCAGCAUUUGCUCAUGGGGAAGUGAUUUAAAUGAAUCUCAGCUUCUUGAACUACAUAAUAUGGCGCAAGAGUAUGAGGGUCUAGUGAUGUAUCUCUUGCAGCUGCUGUCAGGCUUGAGCUUACAUCCAUGUGGUUCUCAUCUAUCCCAGCUACUGCUCAGACUGGAUUUUAAUCGAUGGUUCAGCAAAGAGCAUAAUGACACAUCAUCAUAUGUAGUUGAGAACUCAGUCUAACAUACUCACUUUAUAAAAAGAAUCUUGAAAUGAGAAUUUUUACAGUGUUUUUCAUAUACAGGGUGUUUCACGUCUUUAGGGCAUAACUGCAGGAGGUGAUUACCUAGGUAUUUGU